GCACUGUUCUCAUGCCCAGUAGUGGGAUGCAAAGCUGCGUUAGGAGUGCAAUGCCAUCGCUGAGGAGCAUUAUAGGCGCAGGGUGCGGGGUCUUUGGUCGGCGACAUGGUUUGUGGCAGUGUCAUCAGGCAGGGCAUGGGCAAUGGUUGCAUAUGGAAGGGGCGGCCGGCGCAGCGACGGUUGUCCGGGGAGGGAGCCGUUCGGGAGAACCAGUUUCGGCAAUCAGCCGUGGUGUGAACAUCCUGCAUCGACUGUUGUUUCAGCCCGCACGGGCAGGGACGGGAGUUGUGGUUACACGUAUGCCGGCAUUGUCUUCAUCAGCUUUUCCUCUUCCUCAUCGGAUUCCGCGUGGGAUACGGAUCUUCGUCGAAGGCCUGAUCGCCAUGAGGCUGGUCAUCGCACUAGGGUACGAUGUGGAGAACGACCUCAGCGAGGUCAUCGUCUUCGUCAAGAAGUUUUCCGAGGUCAUUCCCGACGACUGGCGCUCGCCCGCGAGGGAUGUCGUUGGCGAUAUGGUGAGGUACUUGAUCUCGGCCAUAGCCGAAGAGCACGACUCGGCCAUGCACGGUGACGCCUCCUACAUCGCCGAAUUAGAGCAUCCCCUUCACGGCAGAAGCUACUUAGAUGGAGCGGUGCAGUCAUGGUGUUUGGACGAUGACCUGAGAGCCGCUCGCAACAGGUGGUAGGUCUGCCCCUGCCUGGACAGCAAACCGACAAGG